AUGAAUUUAGCAUUAUCUUGGGAGAAAUGCUACUACAUGGUCACAGAAGGAAUUGUGCUUGGGUAUAAGAUUUCAAAAAGGGGAAUUGAAGUUGACAGGGCUAAAACAGCAGUUAUUAAGACCCUACCACCACCGCACAAUGUUACAUCUUUGAGAAGCUUCUUGGGACACGUAGGAUUUUAUAGAAGGUUCAUAAAAGAUUUCUCAAAAAUCGCAAGGCCAUUGACUAAGUUAUUACAAAAGGAUGCCAUCUUUGAAUUAAACAAAGAUGCUAUGAAGGCAUUCCAGAGUUUAAAGGAUGUCAUGGUCGUCAUUCAUACUGAUCAUGCGGCUAUCAAGUUUCUUAUGUCUAAACUGGAAGCAAAGCCAAGGUUGAUCAGAUGGAUUUUACUAUUACAAGAAUUUGACGUGACUAUCGUGGACCGUAAAGGAGUUGAAAACAGUGCAGCAGAUCAUUUAUCAAGGUUAGAGUGUGAGAAAGGACAAGAUAUAACUGGGGAUGUGAAUGAAUAUUUUCCAGAGGAAAAACUGAUGGAGGCUGAAGGACAUGAAAUCCUAGGAGAAUGCCAUCGAAUGGGCCAUCACUCAGCUAACCGAACUACUCGGAGAGCACUUGAAGCAGGAUUUUACUGGCCCUCAAUAUUUCGGGACGCUCAAAUCUAUGUAAGGAACUGUGAUAGAUGUCAGCGAACUGGUAAUAUCACUGGAAAAGACGAAAUGCCGCAAAAUUACAUCUUGGCGUGCGAAAUUUUUGAUAUAUGGGGACUAGACUUUGCAGGACCAUUUCUGGACUCCAAAGGUUUUAAAUAUAUUCUUAUCGCAGUAGAUUAUGUCUCCAAAUGGGUUGAAGCAGAAGCGCUUCGGAACAAUGAUGCAAGAAGUGUAUACAGCACCGAGGAGGAGUCCCCUAUCAUCCUCAGACUACCGGGAAAGUCGAGAAUGCAAACAGAGAUAUUAAAGCCAUAUUGGAAAAAGACAGUAGCUCGGCAUAGAAAGGAUUGGGUUGACAAGCUUAACGAUGCAUUAUGGGCUUUCAGGACUGCUUAUAAGACACCGAUAGGUACUACUCCAUACAGAUUGGUAUAUGGCAAGGCAUGCCACCUUCCAGUUGAAAUCGAACAUAAGGCAUAUUGGGCCAUUAAGAAACUAAAUGAAGAUCUAUUCAUAGCAGGGCAGGAGCGAAUGUUUCAACUGAAUGAACUAGAAGAAUGGCGUUUAUUGCGAUUGUUUCCUGGGAAACUUAAAUCGAGAUGGACUGGGCCAUAUAUAGUUACAAAGGUGUUUCCUUAUGGAACCUUGGAGAUCAUGCAUCCAGAAAAAGGAUCUUUUAAAGUAAACGGCCACCAAGUCAAGAAAUACUAUGGAACAGAGAAUUCGAAAGGGACAAUCCAGUGUUGCAGGCUAAUACCCUGGGAAGAUGAGUAG